UGUCGAUGUUCUAUGUACUCUAUACUAGCACGUACGGUGGUGGUGGUGGUGGUGGUGGUGGUGGCUGCUAGUCAGGAACGAUAUAUGCCAAACCACAGGCCACAGGGUGCCAUCCAUCCCUCUUCUUCUCGGAGGUGCAUGCUUGCCGUAGAGCAUGUACGAGUAGAGUAUGCAGAUUAUGCAGAGUAUGUAUGCAGACAUUCACCCGCCAACUCUGCUGCCACUCCCGUCAUCCGGUCUCUUCGGUCACGCAGCAGAGAGAGGGAUAGAGAAGGGAGAGGGAGAGAGAUGCAUAGGAGCACUAGAAGUAAUUCGCGCGAGCCUUUCCGAACGAGCGGUGCGUACAUGCUCUAGAGUGGAAGGCAUGAU